UCGGUGCCCAAUGCCCGAGUGAAUGUCGGAGAGCAAUGGCGGCGUGCCGGGGAUCUUCGUCCAAGUGGUUUUUCACCCGGGAGCAGCUGGAAAACACGCCUUCCCGCCGAGGUGGAGUCGAGCCGGACCGGGAGCUCUCUUACCGACAGCAAGCCGCGAAUCUGAUCCAAGACAUGGGCCAGAGACUCAACGUCUCUCAAUUAACAAUAAAUACAGCCAUUGUUUACAUGCAUAGAUUUUAUAUGCACCACUCGUUCACCAAAUUCCAUAGAAAUAUAAUAUCUCCCACCACCUUAUUCUUGGCUGCUAAAGUUGAGGAGCAACCUCGGAAACUGGAACAUGUGAUCAAAGUGUCACAUGCCUGCCUAAACCCCCAAGAACCGCCUCUAGACACAAAAAGUAACGCAUACCUCCAGCAAGCUCAAGAGCUGGUGCUUCUUGAAUCCAUAGUGCUGCAGACCCUGGGCUUUGAAAUUACUAUUGAUCACCCACACACUGAUGUGGUGAAAUGUUCCCAGCUAGUUCGAGCAAGCAAGGAUCUGGCUCAGACUUCCUAUUUCAUGGCUACCAACAGCCUACACCUCACAACCUUCUGCCUCCAGUACAAGCCCACAGUGAUUGCCUGUGUGUGCAUCCAUCUGGCGUGUAAGUGGUCCAACUGGGAAAUCCCAGUUUCCACUGAUGGGAAACACUGGUGGGAGUACGUGGACAGCUCUGUGACUCUCGAGCUGCUAGAUGAGUUGACCCACGAGUUCCUGCAGAUUUUGGAGAAGACGCCCAGCCGUUUAAAGAGGAUACGCAACUGGAGGGCAACACAAGCUGCCAAAAAGCCCAAGAGUGAGAGCUCCCAGUUGAUGGACGGCACUUUUGUUGGGCCUUCCAUGCUCCUAGACCAAAGUGAUGCCUCACUUGCUGGAAGUUUUUCCAUGCCUGAGGGUGCUACCAUGUCCCUGGACGCAUUGGCCGGCACCUAUAAUCCUGCUAGCCACAGUGAGUGGCCCCAGGGCAAACAGAGCCAAGCAGGGUACCCUUCCACCUGUAUAAAACAGGAACCCAUCAGCAUCCUCCUCCAAGAGCAAACACUGUCCCUGCAGACCACCUCUUCCUCGUUGCUUCAGCACACACCCAUAAACAUAAAGACUGAAAAAACAGUGGACUUUAACCUUGUCAAACAGGAACCAAAAGGAGCUGGUGGAGCUGGUAAGCACCAUAUACCAUCUCAGUCUUCAUACCCUCCACCUCAGCCAUCUCCUGCUCCAAAGCUUUCUCUGGACAAAUACAGAGAGAAACUUGCUGCAGAGCAGGCUGUCUCAGGGCAGAAACGCCGGCAGGAGCAGCAUGGAGGAGCAAUGGAUUUUGAUGUUAGGGGAGAGAUGUCGUCUUCCUCCUCUGCUACCUAUGCACCAUCAUCUGUGAGCCAAGUAGAACAUAGAAAACAUUCACACCAGACGUCUCAUGGUGGCGCUGGCAGCACCACUGCCUCCCCAUUGAAAAUUAAAGUCCCCUCCUUAACUUCAGGGCAAGAAAAACGUCAUCACAGUGAAAAACGGGACAAAGGUCUGCUCAAACUCCGCCUGGCUGUGCCUGGGUCUGGCAGCUCCCAGCUGGAUAAAAGUGGACAACUCAUCAAAGACGAGCUUAAGAUGAAGAUAAAAGUUUCCUCAUCGGAUUGCCACAGCUCAUCGGACGAAGGCAUCAACAACAGCAAGAGUAAACAUUCCAGCCCGCUGGUGAGUAAGGAGAAACAUCGUGGAGGGGACCACAGCGUCCAUCGCCAUCACAAGCACAGUCAUCCUCACACGCACAGUGGCAAUGGGCGUGGAGGUCCAGAGGGCCCCGGUGGUGGGGCAGGCCUUCUGCGGGGUACUCCGGGACCAAUCGGCAUGGAGGGCACGACGCUGGCUCCACCUGGUUCCACAAUGCGCAAGAGGGCACACCCAGAGGUCGGCCACAACCACCACCCUCCCUCCUCAUCCUCCACUUCCUGCUCAAAAGUGAGCAAAAUCUCCAAGGGUGGCACUGGUGCUGCAGGUACUUCAUCUUUUUCUUCCUCCUUUUUCCCUCCUUGCUCCUCUCCUGUACUGCAGUGUGUCUCAUCUGGCUUGCAGCUCUUUGGCUAACCUCCCUCCCUCCCCCCUCCUCUUCCUUAUUCUUGUUUCUGCUCCUCCCCCUCCUGUCACACCCAGGUGGGCUGCGGACCUCUCAGCAGUACCCUCCUCCUAGUGAAUCGCCACACGAAGUGGGAGAGCAGAGACACUGAUCCCACCACUCUGGAGCUAUGACCACCACGUGGAGAUGGCAUGACACCACCCACAAUUAAGACUUUAUAGACUAUGCUUACCUCCUUGUCAAGUGCCCUAGAAAAAUAACUAUAUGAUCAUGAGACCUUUACUGAAAGGCAAAAAAAGCGUAUCUCCAUGCAAAGUAUUGUUCAAAUUCUCAAUUCCUGACAGAUGACAAAGAAAAAAAUGCUUCCUGACUGUCAUAUUUCUGGGCUGUGAAGCUCGGUCCUGUUUUUCUGUUAGUGUGUGGAGUUGCUGCUUGGUUCUUUUUCCUCUUUAAGUGGGUCUAGGAAUGUGCAAUGUGUGGGUGUUAGUGGAGGGGAGAGGUUGAGUGUGUUUCCAUCUGGAGGAAAGUCCCUCCGUACAUUUGAACUCUCCACAUUGAGAAACUAAAGUAUUGCGAGUACUACAAGUCAUUUAAUCGAAUCACAAUUUUGCAGUUGAAUGGAGGAAGCCAGUGGCCAAUGGGAGAUGGGUUCCACUUAUGUUUGCUGGCAUUCCAUUUAGUGCUGUUGAUGGAUGCUUUUUUUUUAGAUGUAAAGUUCAUCUCCUCAAUUACUUUUGUCUUGAUUUCUUUUUAUACUUAAGGACUGUGCAUAUGAUUUGCAUGUUUCAAUCAUCAAAGGGAUUCAAAAGGAGAGCACUUAUUUGCUGUUUACAGGAAGUGGAGAUACAUGUACAUACAUUUGUGUAUGUUUGAAGAAAAAGAAAAAGCUAUACCAUGACUACUCAGGUUUGGAGCUGCUUGUAAGUAUGUCAAAAAUAACUAUAGUACCUAUAAAGACUUUUAUUUUGUUGAUCUACAGUUAAGGCAUCAUCGGAUGGAUGUUUGCAGAAUUCCAGUGGGGUGUUCUUCUCACAGCCGUCCUACAGAGGGCGCUGUGCUGUUCUAUCACAGGAAAUACCAGUUGCUGUCAGCAACACAUGCACAUUCAACACCUACUAAUCACAUCAGAGUGAUGGUAUUUGUACCAAAAUUUAUUUUUUUGACCUUUAAGUAGACCUUUAAGCUAGAUGCCAAAGGUUUUGCCUCUAAAAGAAAAAAAAGGACAGAAGUAGUUUGCUAUUAUAGUUUACAUAAUCCUUUUUAUUUUGAAGUGCAUCAGACAUUAUUCCAUGACAUGAGGCUGUAGCCCCUUAGAUGUGAGUGCAUACAAGGGAUACUUGUAUCAUUCAAUCAGCCAUUUACUGUACUUGUUAGGAGAGAAAAAAACAAAUCAUGGUUCUUUCCAUUCCAGAGCAGUGACUGAUUUGCCAUAUGGGAGAAAGCUUGGAUCCAAGUAUCUGCAAUAUGGACAUGUUUUAGUUUUUUCGUCGCUGACAUCCUCAUCCAGGUGGUUGAAUAUAUUAAAGCCACGUACCUUUCCGGACAUGUCUUUACAUCAGUUUUAUACCUUGAGCUCUACUCUAAAAUCUUGACAUGAUCCAGUCUCCUCUUGUUUCUGACUCGGUUACUCAUUUACUUGUAGAGCGCACGUAAAGACUAACAAGGAUAAGGUUGGAUUGUUUUCUACCUUCAUUAGGGAUUUUACAGUCGGGCACACAGAACAACAGUUGUGGACAAAUGCGCAUAUGCCACUCUUAACAUCCUUUUUUUUUCAUUUCAAUUCAGUAUUACAAAUAAACUUUCAACUUGCUGUUAUCCUUACAGUAUAUAA